AUGAAAUAAUCCCUUUAAUCAAUACUAGAGACUAAAUCCUAAUAUGAUUUCAUCACUGGAAUCAUGGAUAACGAGCAAGAAGACAUCAAAUCAAAAACCACCUACAAAACUUAAUUUAAAUUUAAUAAAUCCAAACUGCGUCUCUCCAUUACUCCAAAAUCAUAACCAUCCAAAGUCAAAAAAAGACCCAUUUAUUUAAGAUUCAGCAAUCAUUCAUCCCAACAAUAAGAAACCAAUAAUUUUAUUUUCCUCAAAACCCUCUUUAAAGAUAUCCAAUAACCAUAAAUGUCUAAAACCAAUUAUUCAACCUGGUCAACAUCCCAUAAAUAAACUAUCUAAUCUAACUUUAUUCCUCCUAUUAAAAAAAAUUACUUAUUGAUAAAAACACCAGAUAAUAACUAACCUGCAGUUGGAUAUUAUAAUCCUGUGAUACCAAAAAAAGUUAGAGGAUCUGUUAAGUUAUUUUCUUAAAAUAUAUCAUAACAAUCUUAAUCUCUGAAUAUUUUAUUGAACUAAAAUGAAAAGCAGGAAUCCCCAUUGCAAAAAGAGGAAUUCAUAAAAGUACCAGAAACUAAAUUACAAAAUUAUUAUGAUAAUGAAAAGAAGAAACUAAUGUCAAAAUCAACCUUCUAAUUACCUCUAAAAGACUUAAAUGCAAACCCUUUCACCAAACAAUGGUCUGCAUUUUUGGCAUAUAAAAAUAAAUUUAAAUUAUUAAGAGAUCAUAAAUAUGAAGAUUCACUUAAAUGA